AUGGUUCUUGAUCCUUUUGAAGGACGUCUUGCAUUUCUAGAAAUACUUAAAAAGCUAACAGCUAGUCAACAGUCUCAAAUUAAAACAGCACAAUUUGCACUUCGACAUAAAGAUUUGGAUGAAGAUUUAUAUAAUUGCGUAUUGGAAGAACUUGAACUUUCUUCUCUUAACUCAAGAGUGAAUAUUAUAUAUUUUUUAGAAACUCUUUGCGAUUAUAGCUAUAGAAAUGGAUGUAAUAGCUAUAUUUCAAUGAUACGUAAAGAUAUUGGAAAAAUUGUUAGAGCAGUAGCACCACCAGGUCCCCAGGGAGCAGCAAAUGUGUCAGCAGUUCGAAAGGUUAUUGAGAAUUUAAAAAAUAAAGCAUAUAUAAAUGACCAAGAUUUCCUUGAAAUAGAAGCAUCAUUAUCAAAAAGAGACUACAAAGAUCUAAAUGCAAUUGAAAACAAAGCAGUUUUUUCUAAAGAAGAAAUUUUUCGAAGAAUUGAAGAAGAUAGAGAAAGAGUAAGUAUAAAAUACAAAAAAUAA